UACAAAUUUGUGCAUAAAACUUUAUAGAAAACAAACAAUGUGAAUCUGAAUGAAGAUGACGGAGAUGACGACGAUGAUGAUGACGAAGAAGCUCUUGACAUGGAAAAUUACGCAGAAAUGUUGGAAUCUGAGGAUAAGGCCACAGUUGAUCUUGUAGCUGUGAAAAAGGCGAAUACAUCAUCUACCACUAACGAGGAUGGUGGUAUCAUUCAAACUAGAACAUAUGAUCUUCAUAUUACUUACGAUAAAUAUUAUCAAACUCCAAGGCUUUGGUUAUCGGGCUAUAAUGAGGAUAGAAAACCAUUAUCAAUGGUGGAGAUGUAUGAAGAUAUCAGUCAAGAUCAUGUGAAUAAAACUGUUACUAUUGAACCUCAUCCCCACCUGCCACCUCCUAACAUGUGCUCAGUUCAUCCAUGCAAACAUGCCGAUGUGAUGAAAAAGAUAAUGCAGACGGUUGAGGAUGGUGGAGGGAAGCUAGAAGUUCACAUGUAU